CAUAUCACAAGAAUCAUUAUCACAUUUCACGAAUUAAGCAUGCGUAUUAUUAUUUCUGCGUUCUCAAUUUUGGCAAUUUCAAGCGUCAUUGAAUCCCGAUCCUCAGAAAGUGAAACAACAAACGAAAGCUUAAUGAAAAUGGUUGAUAAUGAGUGGAUGGAUAAAUUUAUCCCACGAGAAUAUAAACGAACACAUUCACUUUCUGGAUCCGAUGAGCAAGAUGUUACAAAAGACAAUAACUUUGGAUAUAGUGAACAAGGAAUGAAGGAUCUAGAUGAAGUUGGAGGUCUUGUCGGUGGAGGAGAUUCCGACCUUCUUGGUAUCCUUCGUCCUUACUAUUCAAUGGUUGAAAUGACCGCCAACGGAAACAAACAAGGAAUGGGACAAUAUCUUCAUGUACUUCCUGAUUCAUCAGAAGGUGACACCCCAAUUUAUUCAGUUGGUGGCUCGAUGUACGGAGGAGUUGAACCGGCUGGUGCUAAGUUGGGAUACAUGAACAGACCAUUUGGUAAAAGAUAAUGUGUAUAUUAUAAAUAUUAAAAAUUGUUCAUACACAUUUAUUCAAUUUUUAAUACACUUUCUCUCAUC